GGAGGAGCAUGCGGAAGUGUGACGCCUCUGGAUUUAGCGGACCGAGACGUUUUCAACUGGUUUGGAUUCCUGCCUUGGUGCGCAUUUCCUCCUUGGCGGAAGCUGGAAGCGAGUGACCGACGGGGCGGGGACUGACGCCUGGAGCGACAUCAGCGGAGCAAGAUCGGCAUUUCGGCCAUGGCCUCUAGAGUGUAAUACUCUGGAGCUAAUGUCUCGUUUUUCCACCUAUGGUGUAGGCUAAGGAAAGGGCAGGCGUCUAUAAGCGAAAGUGUAACGAUGAGAGGAGCAUGCUUUCCUUUCCAGCUCGAAAAUGAAUCGAUGGGGUGUGCUGAGUGAAAGUAAGCCAAUGAAUCAAUUAUCACCAGGCUGCGAGUUUCUGUUUGAUUACUACAUAAUUAAUACACCGGUUUCGAGCACUUCGGGCAGAUGUGCGGGAAUGAACAAGACGGGAUUGGAUCGUUCUGGCUCAAAAUAACAUUAAAAUUGCUCCGACGCGGUUUACUAAAGUAGUUAUUCUUAGUCGUGCAGUUUUCAUUUUUAGUUUGUGUAUAACGUAACGUUUGUAAUAAUUAGUUAUAUACUGAAGCAGUAUCCGCGUUAUUGCUUAUAAUACUACAUACGAAUUGUCAAGAUGAGAAAUGCCGAGGGGAUGAGUGGAACUGGGGGCGAGGCCUCGAACACUUCAAUGAUCUCCGGGGCAAACAGCCCCUAUCAGCCCACUACGGAGCCUGUGCAGUCCAGAAGCCGACUGGGCGGUAUCAGGUGGGACACUGACUAUCUGAGAUCCAGCGUCGGCAUCCUCAAAAUCCUCCAGCUGCUCUUCUCCCUCAUCGCGUUCAUCGGCAUCGAGGCCGUCAUGACGUGUCUCCCCUGCAGCAGCAUCUACUUCUUCGAAUUCAUCAGCUGCAGCGCCUUCCUCAGCACCUGUGCCCUGCUGCUAAUCUUCAGCCUCAACCUCAACACUAAAAUCUCCCACAUCAACUGGAUCCUUAUGGACCUUAUCUGUGUGUCUGCCUGCACCUUGUUAUUCUUCCUGGCCUCCGCGAUCAUGGCUGCGCUGAACCACAAGUCUGGUGCUGAGAUCACGGCUAUGGUAUUUGGCUUUCUGGCGACUGUUGCCUUCGGACUUAAUACAGCCCUGGUCGUAGGGGACUGGCGGCGGCAUCGUGAGCUGCAACCUGGCACAGGACCGAGUGCUGAGUACACACGUGCCCCCACCACAUCUAGAGUUGAAUCUGAAGUACAGUGAUAUGCUUUUGCUCACUGAUAGGGUGAUGCGUUAGAGCUCGGGGCUGCUGGGCAUGUUCCUAUCAAUGGCAACCAUGCCCUUUUCAGCUCCAGAAGUCAGAGUGAAACAUGCAAUGUGACACACUCUCUGUUCUGUACUCAAAAGCUGCUCCUCUCCUUCAGUGAAGUUGUCCCAGCAUAUAGGAGGAUACUGUUUUGAGCAAACUGAUUAGAAUAGACUGGGUCCUGUUAUUUAAUUUUAUGAAGGUUUCUGGUUCUGUACUAACGUUGGUUUGUCUCAUUUAUUGGUUUUAAUUUCUAAGACUUUAAUAGCUGAAAGUAAGUACACAGUGUGUCGCUCAGUGGGUUAUGGAUCUGCGUCCAUGUGUGGGAAGUCAUGGGUUCUAAAUGCAUAGCCAGCAGCAUACUUUAUAAAGAUUCUAAGCUUUUCUAGGGGUGCUAGUUACUGGCUGACCCUGUGCUCUGACCUGAAAGCUUGCUCUCACAUGUGAGACACACUGUGUCUCUCAUAGAAAGAUGGGAUAUGCGAAAAAUACUCUGCUUCCCCAUUGGGAUAAAUAAAGAACCUCUUUUGUAUUCUGUUCUGCACAUGAACAGAAGUGUGUAUGUAGAGUGACGGCUCUGCGGGCAGCACUAAAAUGAUAAGAUAUGUGAACUGGUUUGGAUUUGGGCCUGUUUCAUCUCUCAGGAAUCUAACCAGAGGUGGAAAGUUCAGGUCCAGUAAGUACAAAUCCAGACCAAGGUUUUGUUUCAACCAACCAGCUGAAUACUUUCCACCUUUGAAUCUAACACUCUGGGCUUUGCUUUCGUUUUUGUUUCAGCUAAUGACAAUCAUAACCAUGUGUUUUUAUAUGAAUAACAUUGCAUAGAAGCAGUUGACUUUAAAUGACCUGAAUGCAGGAGAAGGUGUUUGUAAAUAAGAAUAUAUGUGGAAUAAAAUGUUUAGGUUUAACUACUUGAAAAGUCUUGUACUAUUUGAGUCCUUGUAAAUGAAGGCACUGUACUAAUUUUUAAAUAAUUUGUUUUCCUGCAUUCUCACAUCUUGGGGCAUUUUCACCUUGCUUUGUUCUUUGUUUUGUUAAAUUAAUCUCCUCAUUUCAAGUAAUGUCAAGUCAAAUUUAUUAUCCCACUGGGUGGAAUUUCAGUUGCAGCCUUAAAGAAUCCAUUAUAAAUAGGACAUAGACGGCAUACCAGACAACAGAAGAACAGCAAUACGGUACGGUACAGUGCAAGAUCACUUGAUAUGGACAUAAACAAUGACCUAAGCUGCAAAGUUCAGAAAACAGUUGGUGCUGUAAUUUGUGUGAAGUUUGCCGACUGUUUGCAAUACAAAGAAAAGGGUCUGAGGUUUUUUUUCCCUCAUUGACUGUGGAUUUGGAGAUGGGUACUGACUUCCCCAAAUCAAUGAUUAUCUUCUUUUUUGAUACACAUUCGGUUCAAGGAAGAACUUCUUACACGGUGUUUCCAAACCUGGAUCUUGGGUACCCACAAACGGUCCACAUUUUUGCUCUCGGUAAGGAGCAAAAACGGAACCGGAUUGGGAAACACUGUCUUACACUGACACAAAGCAGUCACUCAUGACCAGACCAUGAUCAAGCCCCCCCCCCACCCCCCCCCCCCCUUUGAGCAGGCUGUCCAUUUCAAGUUUCAAGUCAUCAACCAGGAAAAGAGUGUAAUUGUCGAAGUGCGAAUGAUUGGUGCCUCCUUUAACUAGUUCACAUUGUAAUACAAAGAUUAACAGUUGAUACAAGUGUAACACAUUGCUAUCUGCACUAGGCACCAUGGUCAGUGUUGACCUGGGUUAUGUGCAGGUAGAUGGGUGUAUUUCAUAAUCUGCAGAGUGUGACAAGGUGUCCGUGCUCUGCCUGUGUUCUGCAGCUUUGCAUCUUGACACAGUUUGGCCUGUCAUGCUUAGGGCCAUGGCUCAUUUCGGUCUUGUGUAUUGACCCUGUUCCUUUUGCAGUAUGCUGAUGCACAACAAAUGACCCAGUUCUGUCUCUCGUCGUCUCUUGUGGCCAAUCUUGUAUUUGUACUUGCAUUAGAAUUUGCAUUAAAUUCCAUUUUUUUAUACCAAAUUUAUUUCAGUCUAACCAAAAAGGAAACGUCAGUUAAUGUUGUAAUUAAGGAUUCUAUAGUCUUUCAAUGUAAUUGUUUAUCUCACUGUUAGUUUUGGUCAUCUUAUAUGUAUUUAAUUUUUGUGAAAUUGCUAUAAUUGAUAUAUCAAGCAUACUUUUUGAAGAAAACUGCACUGCUUUCCUUUUGUGUUGUCAAAUGUAAUAAAAGUCACACUUUGUGUAA